ACGAGCCGUCGCGGCGAUGAGGAAAAAGGUGGACGCGAGGAUUCGAACCCUCGUCGAGAAUGGCGUCAAGUCUCGUCAGCGGUCCAUGUUCGUGAUCGUGGGGGAUAAGGGCCGCGAGCAGGUGGUGAAUCUCCACUACAUGCUCUCCAAGGCCGUGGUCAAGGCGAGACCCAACGUGCUCUGGUGCUACAAGAAGGACCUUUUCCUUAGCAGCAACCGGAAAAAACGCAUGAGGCAGAUGAAGAAGAUGAUGCAGCGAGGGCUGCUGGACCCUGAGAAGGAGGAUCCAUUCGCUCUCUUUAUGGCCUCUACGGCCAUCCGCUACUGCUACUACGCAGAGACGCACAAGAUCCUCGGAAACACCUUCGGCAUGUGUGUGCUGCAGGAUUUUGAGGCCCUGACGCCCAACCUGCUGGCGCGCACGAUAGAGACGGUGGAGGGCGGGGGGAUCAUCGUGCUGCUGCUCUCCUCCCUCACCUCCCUCUCCCGCCUCUUCACCCUCGCCAUGGACGUGCACGCACGCUACCGUACUGAGUCCCACGGGGAUGUGGUGGGGCGCUUCAACGAGCGCUUCAUCCUCUCCCUCGCCUCCUGCCCCACGUGCUGUGUCAUGGACGACGAGCUCAACAUCCUGCCCUUGUCCUCCCACAUGCGCCAUCUCCAACCGUCUCCGUUCACAGAGGGCGAGGCAGUGGAGUCGGAAUCCGACAGGGAGUUGAAGGAGCUCAAGGAGUCGCUAGCAGACACCCAGCCAGUGGGGGCGCUGGUGGCCACGUGUCGCACGCUGGACCAGGCCAAGGCAGUGGUGACGUUCCUUGAUGCUGUGUCUGAGAAGACUCUGAGAUCUACCGUGGCGAUCACUGCUGCCAGAGGAAGGGGGAAAUCCGCUUCUCUUGGUGUCGCUGUGGCUGGUGCCGUGGCGCUGGGCUACUCCAACAUAUUCGUGACGGCGCCGAGCCCGGAGAAUCUGAAGACACUGUUUGAGUUUGUGUUCAAGGGCUUUGACGCCAUCGGGUACAAGGAGCACAUAGACUACGAGCUCGUUGAAAGCACCAACCCCGCCUUCAACCGCGCCAUCGUGCGAGUGAACGUGUUCCACCAGCACCGGCAGACCAUUCAGUACGUGAUGCCACAGCACGCAGAGCGAGUGCAGCAGGCGGAGCUGCUCGUGAUCGACGAGGCAGCAGCCAUCCCGCUGCCCAUGGUCAAGGCGCUCCUGGGACCGUACCUCGUGUUCAUGGGCUCGACUGUUAACGGCUAUGAGGGCACGGGGCGGUCCCUCUCCCUGAAGCUCAUCCAGCAACUCAGAGAGCAAUCCAAAGGGGCCGCCGCCGCUGGCGCUGCUGGUGCUGCUGCUGGUGGUGCAACCGCUGAUGGUGGCGGCAGUGGUGGGGGAGGUGGAGUGUCGGUGCGGGUGCUGAGAGAGGUGGAGCUACAGGAGCCGAUCCGGUAUGCGGAGGGGGAUCCCGUGGAGAAAUGGCUCAACCACCUGUUGUGCUUGGACGCUACCUCCCAUGUUCCCAAGCUGCAAGCCCGCAUGCCGCAUCCAGACGAGUGUGAGCUGUUCUACGUCAACCGAGACACGCUCUUCUCCUUCCACUCCGCCUCAGAGCUCUUCCUUCAGAGGAUGAUGGCGCUAUACGUGUCCUCUCACUACAAGAACACUCCAAACGACCUGCAGCUCAUGUCCGAUGCACCAGCCCACCACCUUUUCGUCCUUCUGGGCCCAGUGGACGAGUCCCAAACAUCUCUGCCUGAUGUGCUGUGUGUGCUACAGGUGUGUCUAGAGGGAGAAAUAUCAAGGGCAUCGGCAUUGAAAGGCCUCUCUCAGGGACAUCAGCCCACAGGCGAUCUGCUGCCCUGGACGCUCUCCCAGCAGUUCCAGGACUCCGAGUUCCCCUCCCUCUCUGGCGCUCGGGUGGUCCGGAUCGCCGUUCAUCCCGACCUGAUGCACGCGGGAUACGGAUCCAGAGCCGUUGAUCUGCUGUCCAGGUACUAUGAGGGGCAGUUGACGAGCAUGGGAGAGGAUAGCGAGGAGGAGAGCGAGGAGGAAGAGGAAGGCGGGAAGCGACACUCCAAGGCUGUUCAAGAGGCUCGGGAGAAUGGAUCGGGAUCAUUGUUGGAGGAGCAAUUGGCUCCACGCUCGGGACUGCCGCCGCUGCUGCAGCCGGUGGGGGAGAGGCGGCAGGAGCAGCUGCACUACGUGGGCGUGUCGUUUGGGCUGGGGCAGCAGCUCUUCAACUUCUGGCGCCGGCAGGCGUUCGUUCCGCUCUAUGUCAGGCAAACCCCUAGCGACAUCACAGGAGAGCACACGUGCAUCAUGCUCAAGCCCCUCCGGAACGAGGACUUGGGUGCGGCUGACGCCAAGGACUCGUGGCUUGCAUCCUUCUCUCAAGACUUCCACCGUCGCUUCCUGUCUCUCCUCGGUUUCUCCUUCAGGCCCCUGCCGCCCGCCCUCUGCCUCAGCAUUCUGGAUCCGCAGAUUGAGUUUGCAGAGGCAGAGGCACGGGAAGCAGUCAUCCCAGCAGGGCUGAUGGAGGGGAAGGCGGCACUGCUGUCUCCGUAUGAUAUGAAGCGAUUGGAAUCGUACGCCAACAACCUGGUCGAUUAUCACCUGAUCAUGGACCUCAUUCCCCCACUUGCCCGCCUAUACUUCCUGGGUCUCAUCCCUGCAUCGCUCUCCUAUGCCCAAGCUGCCAUUCUGCUCUCCUUCGGUCUACAGCAUCACGAGCUCUCCACCAUUGAGGCGAACCUUCGGCUGCCCGGGACGCAAGUUCUUGCCCUGUUCAACAAGGCGAUUCGGAAGAUUCACAGUGUUCUGUACGCUGCUGCUGCGCGCACCAUAGAGGCUGCUCUGCCCAGGAUCAAGGAGGUGGACCUGCGCCCCCACCCCCAGUCAGUGGAUGAGGAUCUUGCAGAGGCAGCAGAUCAGGCCAAGAAGGUGAUCAAAUCCCGGCUGGAGGGGGCGGCAGAGCCUGGCACAGCCACCCUGCUGACGUCACUGACACCUGGACAGAUGCAGGAGUUUGCGAUCGACGGCCGAGAUCAAGACUUUGAGGCUGCGAUUGCUGCAGGAGGGGGGAAGCUUCCAGGAAGCGGUGUGCUGAGUAUCAAGGCACAGGGAGGAGGAAAGAAGAGGGGUGGUGGUGGGGAUGGGAAUUUGGAUGGUGGUGGUGAGGGGGGGAAGAAGAGGAUGAAGGGUGGGGCAAAAGGCAAGGGGAAGGGUAAGGGAGGACGAGGGUAA